GGCCUGUGUGUGAAAUAUUUUCCCUUUAGAAAAGCUGUCAUGAUAUAAAAGGCAACAUAUUGAGGAAGAUAUCCACACUCACUUUCUAAACGUUGUUCGAAUCAACACACUAUUUAAUUCACCAUGGCUGCCGGUAGACUUACAUUGUACUAUCUCCCUAUCCGAGCAAAGGCUGAGGCUAUAAAGUAUAUCCUCAAGUACGGUAACGUCGACUUUGACGAUGUCACCAUACCCUGGAGCGAUUGGGGAGCGGAGAAAGAGAAACAGGAGAUCUGCAAGUUAGGCCAGUUGCCGUCGAUCAAAACUAAAGACGGAAAUCUGUACAUCCAGAGCAAUGCAAUCAUCAGAUAUGUUGCGUCGUUAGCAAACAUCACACCUACCACGCCCGAGGGUAUCCUUAAGGCGGAUGAAGUGUUGGAUGUCGCUGACGAAAUGCAUGGCUGCAACUUCCUAUGUAAUGGUCAUGAGGAAGGAUCAGAAGCCUUCAACACUGCUAAGGAGACGUAUUUUACCAAAAUGCCAAACUGGUUGUCUGCUUCCGAGCGUAUUCUAGGGGAUGGGUCGUACUUCAAUGGAGAAACGCCGAGCUACGGAGACUUCGCAAUACUGCAUCCCUUGAUGUUAGCACAGUAUUUAGAUUCUUCUCUGCUAAAAGAAUACGCAAAACUGGAUGCGUGGUAUGCGAAAAUGUGCUCUAUCGAAAGCGUCAAGCAACACAAAGCGGAAUGUGAAACAAAGACGUAUGGCUUGCCGGAUAAGAAUUGUCUUUUUAAAAACUUACCUGGGAACAAUAAGUAGAAUUGGAAAUUCAGAGGCUCUGAGGGUUAGAAUGGUAGAGUUUUCAAUCCGAUAUGUAUCCAUGUAUCUUUUCUAUAAAAUACAUAUUGGUGUGCUCAAUCGGUACAAGCUAUUGUAAAUGAAAAUUCCACAUAAACAGUCCGACAGAAAUUCGUGCUAUUCUGCGAUGAACAUAAUUGAAUGCAUGAUUUGAAUACUAAUAUAGAUACAGCUUGUUAUAAACAAAUCUCUUGCAAUUAAGAGGGGAACGUUGCGUCCGGCGUUAAAACAUCCUCAAAUAUAUUUGCUAUAAAACGCAUUUUGUAGGAAAUUAAGUAUUUUCG